AUGGCCAUCUUCAGCGCCGGUCUUCCUGCCGAGGAAACCGCCGACCUGGAGCUCUUAUUGUCGCCGCCAACACCCGUGACCAAUGGUGCCAUCGAUAUUGAUGCCUGGACCAUCUCGGCCCUGGCGUCUCUGAGCGUGUCGCCCAUUGCGCGGGGGACCGGGACGCCGCUGGCCAUCCCUCUCGACGACGCGUUGCCGUCAGACAAGACGCCCCGGUCUGGCGCGUGCGCAGCACCACCCCAUGAGCACGGGCUUCCUCGUCGUCCGCCCUCCAGCCGCGACAGCAUGAAGCGACGGGAGGCAUUGCUGAGGGGCAACGAAGGCAGCCGUCAGCGUCGGCGAUGGGAGAACGACCGUCUCGUGGGGGUCCCCAACGUCCAGCCGCCUCUUCCCGCAGACUGGGAAGUCCACCCCACACAUCGCGUCCACCACGUCCCGUACCAGCUAGCGCAGUUUUGGGACCGCGGCGUCGGCCGACGAGUCGAUGACAGGGCCGCCAGGCUCCAGGCCGCGCGCAAGAAGCAGCAGCUGAAGACGGGAACCGCGACAGGGCUGGGCGUUGGCGAGGUGCCUCGAGACUUGCGGGAGACGGCAAAGCGCACCCCGGCCGUCCGGAACUGGGUCCGCGUGCUGGAAGAACCGGUGCGACGAUUCCUCCGCGAGGAGCACCGUCGUCGACAGCCCUCGGCGCAACGACAACAAGCUCCAGCCAGCAUGGAUGCUGCCGGUUCCGAAGUCGACUCGGAUGACGAAGAAAUAGUCUUUGUGGGCAGGGACAAGGCCAUGCGUGAGCUUCGCGCAAAGAAACAGCUUCGCCAUCGCAAAGCUGCAGGGCAAGCCAACCACCAGGCCCUUGAUUCCGGCGUCGUGUUCGACUCUUUCGGGGACGGAGAAAGUGCCGCCUUCAAACGCUGGUUGGCCCAUUCCAUUUCCGACUACUACGGCCUAGCUUCCAGGUCCAUAACGCUGACUGCUACGUCGUGCCGCGUGGUUUACGUCGGUCUGAAGCACGUCCAUGGAGGCAGUUACCCAGCAACGAAUCAUCUUCCAAGGCCGCUUUGGGAGCUGUGUUGA